AUGAAUGGCAGCACCUUGCAAAAUAUUUUAUCGCCUAUUUCAUUGGAAGAAAUUGACAGAAUAGUUAAAAUUAACCAAGAAGAUCUAUUGAAAAGUUAUCAAACCAUUCACCAAAUUAUUCAAGAAGAAAUCGAAAUCGGAAUUUCCCCAUGGAAUAUUUUUCUGGUUGGCUAUUCUCAAGGAGGUUCAAUAGCCCUAGCUGCUGAAUUAACUUUUCCUCAUGCUUUAUGUGGGGUAAUUUGCUUAUCAGGUAUUUUGCCUUUGUAUCAAAGUGCCUGUCAAUUAGCAGAAAAUAAAAAGCACAAAACAUCUGUGCUAAUCUGCCAUGGUGAAAAGGACAAAUUAGUUCCUCUUUGGGUUAGUCAAGCCAGCGUAGAAAUUUUAAUGAACAAUGAUUAUUUAGUUGAAUUUAAAAUUUAUCCUCGAACUGGACACUGGUUAGGUAAACAGAGAAUUCAUGAUUUGAGAAAAUAUUUACGAGAAAAGCUCUAUCAAUCCGACUCUAUCAAAAAUGAGGUUGCUCUCCAAGAUAAAUUUAAAAGCUAA